AUGUCGGCACAUGGAGCUUUGUCUGAGAUGCCGUCACAGGGUCAGCUGGCUGGUGAUCCGCUGCAGUGGCCAUCCUUUGAGGAGCCAGAUUCCAUCCUCACGCCCCAGCGGGAGGCAGAGGCGGUGGCAUUUUGUACAAGGCAUGUGGAUAGCACCUUUCUCUGGCCUAAAUUCUGCUCUGGAUUUCUGUGUAAAGUCAUGAAGCAGGAGCCCAAACUUGCCAAAUCCCAAAAGCAGAACUGCUUCCGCUUUCCUCUCAGCCGCCACGAGAACCAGGACAUUGUGAUGGCGUUUGUCAGUGCUCAGCCGUGGGGGAUGCUUCAGCAGUCUGUCCCCUUGCCCACCACGAUGGUCACACAGGAGGAUAUCGAGUGCCCCUACGGUAACAGUGCUAGCACACCGCAGAUGCAGUUAGGACCUAAUCCAUCGGUGAAAGCAGCCAUCACCAGCCGCUUCUCUCCAGCACUUUCUACCAGUUCUCCUCCUGGAAACUGCAUCUCUUAUGAUGAGCUGAAAGAGCUGAAGACUGAAUUUGCCAUCAAUCUCUACAGGCAUGUAUCCGAAGCAGAGAACAGAACCAACCUGGUAAUCUCCCCAGCAAGCGUAGCUAUUUCUUUGGAGCUGCUGCAGUUUGGAGCUCAAGGAAAUACCUUUAUGGAGCUGCAGGAUACCCUAGGAUACAAUAUUCAUGAUCAAAACGUGCAGGAUUUCUUGCACGUGGCGUACGAAGGAGCGACCGACUCCAGCCAAAGCACAGUGGUUCACCUGGCAUGUUCCUUCUUUGUGGACACCGGCGUGCAGGUCUCGCCCCGUUUCGCUGCACAUGCUGUGCGCUGGGCAAACAGCAGCCUGCAGCAAACCAACUUCACUGACCCCAACAGAACCGCAGCCCAAAUCCAGGAAUGGAUCACCAGUAACCUUGGAGAUGGGGAUGUUCCUGGCAUGCCGUUGGAGAGCGCUGGGUCACCACUCAGCCAGGUUGCCCUGGUGAGCACCAUGCACUUCAAAAGCACAUGGCAAAAGAAGUUUUCCUUUAUGGAUACCCAGAUGUUGCCUUUUACCACAGCAGAGGGGUCAACCCUGAAAGUGCCCACAAUGCAUCACACAGUCGAAGUCAACUACGGCCAAUUCCAGACUGCAACUCUGGAGGCUUUCAGCGUGGUCGAGUUACCCUACCUGGGGGAGAAACUCAGCAUGUUCCUAGUGCUUCCCAGCCACAAAAGAACACCUUUGUCCCACAUUGAGUCCCAUCUCUCUGCCAAAACCAUAACGCUCUGGUCCAACACCUUGAAGAGAACGAAGAUGGACAUUUUUCUACCUAGGUUCAGUAUUCAAAGCCUUUUUGACCUAAAGACAGUUUUUUCUGCCUUGGGAAUUAGAGACGCAUUUGAUCCCAUCACUGCUAAUUUUAAAGGUAUUUCAGAGCAAAUUAGUCUUUAUAUUUCAGAAGCUAUUCACAAAGCAGAGAUUGAAGUAACAGAAGAUGGUACGAAAGCAUCAGGAGCUACAGUGAUGGUAUUACUAAAAAGAUCUCGAACGCCUAUUUUCAAAGCAGACAGAUCUUUCACAUUUUUCCUGAGACAAACUAACACAGGUUUGGUACUCUUUAUAGGAAGAGUUACAAAUCCUGCAUUAUAA